AUGUUUGCUUGUAAGGUGAAACUUCAGGCUUCGCAUCUUAGACUGCUUAGAAACCUUAGUUCCCGUUGCAAAGGUUUUCAUACUGGAACCCGACUCUCGUCUGCUCAUCAACAAAGGUCUCCUAGAUCUAACAAUAUUUCCAGAAGGAUGCGCAGAGAUCUCAACAUUGCCUUCAUCGGAGGCUUACUAUUGGCUACGUCGUAUAUUUCAAUUACCAAAAAUGGAUUACAUGCCGAUUCUUCCAUUUCUUCCGCUUCCUUGGAUAAGCUAAUGGCUGAUACGGCGGCUAUGGAAAAACGUUCCUUUUCGACAUCUGCAACUACCACGGACUCUGUGAGAAAUGGCGGUACAGGAUCCAAGCAGGACAAACAGGGAUUACCGAUUUUCAAUGAUGAGGAGGUUAGCAGAAGAUUGCGCCAAUUUGAAGAGAGCUAUCUGGUUCAAAGAGGUAAAGGUGUCAGCCGUUAUGACAUAUGCCAAUUAUCAAGCAACAACCCUAUUGAAGAUGAUCGGUCCGAGAAAAUCGUUCAGGUUCCAAUUCAAGAUCAGAAUCAUAAUAACGAAAGGGACAGCUCUGAUUGGUAUUUUUGGUCAGUUUUUGACGGCCACGCUGGCUGGACCACGUCUGCCAAACUAAGAGACGAGUUGAUCAAUAUUGUUGUUGAAGAAUUGGCAACAUCCGCAUACAAGUUAACUGAUGAAAACCUACGUAUGGUGCCAACCAGUGACUCCAUUGAUCGUGCCAUUAAGGCUGGUUUCCUCAGACUAGAUGAUGCCAUUGUCAAUAAGAAUGUGCAGAAGUUGUUAGAUCUUCCUGAAAGCACCAACACUGCAGCAGAGUUACUUAUGCCUGCGCUUUCUGGUUCAUGUGCUUUGUUAUCUUUUUAUGAUUCCCACACAAAGCGUUUGAAAGUGGCCGUCACUGGAGAUUCGCGUGCUUUACUCGGUUCGCUGAACGAUAAUGAAGAAUGGACUGUAAAUAGCUUGUCUGUCGACCAAACAGGCUCCAAUCCUAGCGAACUGGCACGCCUAGUUAGCGAACAUCCAAAUGAGCCUAAUGUGGUCAGAAAUGGUCGAGUGUUAGGCUCUUUGGAGCCUAGUAGAGCGUUUGGAGAUGCAAGAUACAAGUGGUCUAGAGACUUACAGCUCAAGAUUUACAACAAGUUCUUUGGACGUCAACUCCCCACUAAUUUGAAGACUCCUCCCUAUGUUACCGCCGAACCUGUAGUGAGUACACAUGACAUCAAUCCAGAGAAGCAUGAUUUUCUCGUGUUGGCAUCGGAUGGAUUGUAUGAAAUGCUUUCCAACGAAGAAAUCGUGGGCUUAGUGAUUCGUUGGAUGGAGAAGCAAAACAUGAUCAAACCAAAGACCUCGUUUCUUGAUUCUAUUAUUCCCAGAUCAAAGGAUUUGCAUUUACCUACGGUUAUUAAUGUAUCCGAGAGUUCUGCUAAAUCAUUCAAACAGCCAUUUAGGAAGAGCACAUCCACAGGAAAUUACCUGGUAGAAGAUGAUAACGUGGCUACUCAUUUGAUCCGAAAUGCGCUUAGUAACGGCGGUAGUAAAGAUCAUGUUAACUUGCUAGUGAGUAUUCCUUCUCCUCUCAGUAGGAGGUACAGAGAUGAUUUGACGGUGAGUGUGGUUUUCUUUGGAAAUGGAGAGGCCAUCACUUCUGAUAAAGGCGGACUUGUUAUUAACAGAGCAGCUACAAAAGGUGGAUUAGACAAGCCGAGCAAAGCUAGAUUGUAA